AUGCCAGACAGAAAAUUGUUAAAAACUAAAGCAUUAAAACCUAAACGACCAAAACCUAAUCGAACUUUGCGAUCACAAUACAGCCAACAACAUAAUAAAGCUUUGCUUAGAGAUCCAACAACUAUCGAUUUUUCUGAUAUACUUUAUUACUGGGCCAAUAAUCCAUGCUCACUUAAUAAAGAUAAACAUAAUGAACUUGUUGCCAGGCUAGCUAAUAUCAGAGAUCCAUCACUGUUACCGCACGUCAUAUGGUUUACUGAAACCUGGUUCACAAACGAUUCUGAUACAUCAAUCGCCGGUUAUCAAUUACAUCGUAAGGACAGAAUUGGCAGAGGAGGCGGUGUUGCCAUCUACAUCAAAGAUAGUGUCGUUGCUGAAGGAACAAAUGUUGUCCAACUUAACUCGCCUGAAAUUGAACAAAUAUGGCGAAUGAUCAAAAUCGGGGAAAAUGUCAUUCUCAUUGGUUGUAUUUAUCGCCCUCACGACUUCAAUGAUGACUACUUUGUUUCUGUUUUAGCUACCAUAUUAGCAGCAAAAAAUGUUCUUCAAAAACUAGGGUGUUCAUCAAUGCUUCUGUAUGGAGAUUUCAAUCUUAAAGAAACGUCUUACAAAUCCAUUGAAGAAGGAAGUGCUGUAGCAACCAUUGCUUAUGUAGCCCACAAGCACCCAACCGAUCUAAAAUUCCAAGAAUGUCUCAAUGAGUGUCAUCUUACCCAACUGGUUACAUUUCCAACAUAUCGACAGUAUAGGGAUGCUCCUUUUAGUAGCACGCAUGACCUAAUAAUCUCUGACAAACCAGACCGCUCCAUAGAAAUCACUAGAGCAGAUCAUCUAGGCGAUACACCAGGAGGUCAAGCACAUUGCAUGAUACACGGACUCUUUGCUUUAACCGGGCACAGUAUAACAACUACUCCGAUGAAAAAACGAUUCAUCUGGAGCAAAGCCGACUACAAUUCCAUAUCAACAUGCAUAUCAUCUAUAGAUUGGAUAACAACUUUUAAUGGAAGCUCUGUGCAUGAAAAUUACAAGAUUCUAGUUAAAAACUACAACGACGCAGUCAAUAAAUUUAUUCCAACAACAACCUCACCAUUCUAUAAAAAUCAACCGUUGUGGAUUACGCCAGAAGCGGUAACCGAUCAUGAGGAGAAGCUUGUCAAAGAUUCAAAAUCUCACCCAAAAAAUGUGCAUGCGUAUGUCAGAAGUAAACAAGAAGUCAAAGAUCCUCUUCAUUCAAUCGAAACUGACAAUGGCAUUAUUACAACAGAUAAAAACAUAAUUUGCUCCAACCUCAAUAACUAUUUUCAGUCUGUCUUUGAAACUGAACCUGAUGGCAGUAUGCCAACAUUUCCCGAUCGUACUCAAGCAACAUGUAAAAUUAAUGAAAAUUGGUUCACAAUUGAAGACAUUCAAAGUCAUCUAAAUAAUCUUGAAGAGACUAAAUCAAUUGGUGUACAUGGAAUCCACCCACGUGUAUUACGUAACUGUGCAGCAGCAUUUGCAAUACCAUUCAACUCUAUUUUUAGACAAUCUUUAUUGUCUGGCUCUGUACCUGAAUAUUGGAAAAAAUCAAACAUUACUCCCAUCUUUAAGAAAGGGAGCAAGCUUAAGGCCUACAAUUAUCGACCGGUCUUCCUCACCUCAAUACCGUCCAAAGUAAUGGAAAAAAUAAUUCACAAACAUAUUAUGGCGCACUGUGUGGAAAACAAUCUAAUCUCCAAGCAUCAGCAUUUGUAA